AAACUCGUGAUAGAAAGAAGAUUUAAAAAAUGGUACAUCUAAUAUUAUGGUUAAAAAUAGUACAACCAAUGUUAAAGCAUAUUUGCAUGUCACACAGUGUAUCUAUUGUAUCUAAUACAUAAGAUAAGGAAUGUAUACAUUUCGUAAAAAAAAAUCUCUCAACUGAGUAAUAUGUACAUGGCUUUGUCACGUUCGUAUUUUUAAGAAUAUAUGCAUUACACGUCUAUAUAAAUGAGCAGAAAGUUUGCUUAAGACUGUAAUAGUUACUGAGUUCGUGGCACGACAUCUAAUAAUAUUAAAAUAACAAUUUUUGUUGUAGUAUAAGUGAUAUAGAUAAUUGAUAAGGUCAAAUAUAAGAUGUUACGUACAGGUAUUUUGGUCGGAUUACUGAGUUUGUUUGGAACAAUUUUAGCAAAGGAUUUAGCGCCACAUGAUGGAUUACAUUAUAGCGUUCCAUCUAUGAAUGAUCAUAUCUUACGAACUAAAAGAUUUGGCUUUUCUGUUCUGAACGAAAUGCGUCAAAGAUUCUGUCAUUCAUUUUGCACAUCUGCUGCUGAAACUAAGCCAUAUUUUAUAAAUAUUGCAUGUGCUGUGAAAUGUCCUGAAUUAUAUUUACCACAAGGUUCGACAACACAAGGUACAAUGACAACUACAUCAUCUCCAAGCGGCCCAUCUCCGGUUGGCCCACCUCCGGUCGCCCCCAUCCCCCGGGCGCUCCAUCGCCAAGCGGAGGAACGUGCGAGAGAAAGCUUCAAUGAGGAAUCGCAUGUGAAAGUGUUCGCGGUACGAUCUGAAGAUAUUGGCUGA